AUGACUGGUAUUGGUCCGGCGCUGGCGGCGGGCAAGAUCGAGUGGAAUUCUGAGGGGGGCGGGUCGGUGGUGCUCCGGGAGCGCUUCUACGGGAUCGCGGCCGUCGACAAGACGUUCCGCGGCGUCACCGUCAUCUUCUCGCCGUCGGCGCUCGGCUACGUCCCCGUCAGCGCGUGGCAGAUGCUGAGUUUUUUGAGCGAUCUCGGCCCCGUCUACGCCGUCUGGACGCUCGAGUCGUGCCGCGCCGGGAAUGCCUGGUCGCCUGCGGCCUUAAUGCAAUUCAGCGCAACCUUCUGGACCACGCCCUCGCAGCUCGUAGGCAUCGGCAGCGCCGGCCCCGUGUUCUACUUCCUGCUGCUCCCGGCGUACUACGCGCUGCAGCUCCCACUGAUCCUGGCGCUGCACAACGCCGAGGUGCUGGCGGCGUACCUGGCGCCGGACCUCGCGACGCGGUACUACUGGACGUGGGCGUGGCAGCUGUCGCCGACGUGGAUCGGGCUGGCCAACUCUGUGGGUGCCCACACGGUCGUGCCGCUCCUGCGCUGCCGCUUUGCGGGUAGCAAAGCAUUGCUGCCGUCGUCGCCCCGGAUGGUCCUCGCCGACAUCGGCCUCGUCGCCGCGGGAGUAUGGGUCUACACGCUGGCUUUUGCGCCGUACAGCGCCGCGCAGAUUUUCGUGCCGGGAAGGGCUGCCGAGACCGACUUCAUAUCCCACACGCGCCGCGCGCUCCAGUUCGACGAGCUCUGCUCGUUCGCGGCCGGCUUCUUGUGGCUGUCCUACUCUGUCGGCGAUCUCUACGCCGCCGCUCUGAUCAAGGGCGGUCUGGACUUGGUGCCGCUGGUCCUCCUCCCAAUAAUAGGGGGGUGUGUGGGCCCUGGAGCGUUGCUGGCGGUGACGUGGUGGUGGUGGUGGAGGGAAACUAAGUUGUCGACAAUCAAGGUAAAGAGGGCCGCCUAG